AUGCAGUCGUGGAGAGGCAAGUCCCUCUGGCUGGCACUCUCGGCCUCUUGGCUCCUCGUCCUCCUGAGAGUCUUCCCCCUUCUCCGCCUGGCAGUGCCUGCCAGACCUUGGACAAGUGCUCCCCAAGGCUGGCCCCGCUGGCUGGAUACAGAGCUCCUGCCGAGUUUCUCCCAGCCUGGCGAACUCCCAGAAGAUGCCCCUCAACCUCCUCAAGCACCCCGUGGUGGCGGCUGCGACUGGGGGGCUUGCUUUGACGCCUCGAAGUGCAGGACUGGUGGUCUCAAGGUAUUCGUGCACCCGGUGGCUGGACCCGUCUCUGCCGCUCACCGCAAGAUCCUGGCUUCCAUUGAGAGUUCCCGCUACCACACGGCCAGCCCUGAGGAGGCCUGCCUCCUCCUCUUCCUCAGCCUGGAAGUCCCAGCUGGAGAGUGCAGCCCAGUGCCCCAGCAAUGGAAUGGGGGAAGGAACCAUCUGGUCCUCGAUCUCCACCCAGCCCCCUGCCCCCAGACCUUCCAGCGGGGACGGGCGAUGGUGGCCAAGGCCAGCCCCACAGUGGACACCUUCCGGCCUGGCUUUGACGUGGCCCUCCCGCUUCUCCCUGAAGCCCACCCAUUGCGAGGUGGGGCACCUGGCCAGCUGCGACAGCACAGCCCCCACCCCGGGGUGCCCCUGCUAGCCCUGGCAGAGGAGAGGGGUGGGUGGCGCACAGCAGGCACUGACCCCUCUGCCUGUCCCUGGGAUGGGCGCUGUGAGCAGGACCGUGGACCCGAGCAGACCCACCCUGGGGGAACGCUCCCCAACGCCACCUUCUGCCUCAUCCCCGGCCACCGUCCUGACGCCUUGCACUUCCUUCAAGCCCUGCAGGCUGGCUGCAUCCCUGUGCUUCUCAGCCCUCGGUGGGAGCUGCCCUUCUCCGAGGUCAUCGAUUGGACCAAGGCGGCCAUUGUAGCUGAUGAGAGGCUCCCAUUUCAGGUCCUCGCUGCCCUCCAGGAGAUGCCCCUCACGCGGGUCCUUGCCCUGCGUCAGCAGACCCAGUUUCUAUGGGAUGCCUACUUCUCCUCAGUGGAGAAGGUCAUGCAUACCACUCUGGAGAUUAUUCAGGACCGGAUCUUUGGAGCAUCUGCUCACGCCUCGCUACUGUGGAACAGCCCCCCGGGUGCACUCCUGGCCUUGCCCACUUUUUCCACAAGCCCCUCGGACUUCCCCUUCUACCACCUACAACGGGGCUCGCGCCCUGUGGGCAGGUUCAGCGCCCUGAUCUGGGUGGGGGCCCCAGGUCAGCCCCCUCUGAAGCUCAUCCAGGCGGUGGCAGGCUCCCAGAACUGUGCCCAGAUCUUGGUUCUCUGGAGCAGUGAGAAACCACCCCCAUCCAGGUGGCCUGAGACAGCAGUGCCCUUGACAGUCAUGGAUGGGCAGAGGAAGGUCAGUGACCGCUUCUUCCCGCACAGAGCCAUCAGCACGGAUGCCAUCCUCAGCCUCGAUGGGCACAGCAGUGUUACCACAAGUGAGGUGGACUUUGCUUUUCUGGUAUGGCAGAGCUUCCCCGAGCGGAUGGUGGGCUUUCUGACGUGGAACCACUUCUGGGAUGAGGCCCAGGGUGGCUGGGGCUACACUGCUGAGAGGGCCAACGAGUUCUCCAUGGUUCUCACGUCAGCUGCCUUCUACCACAGGUAUUACCACACCCUCUUCACCCACUCCCUGCCCAAGGCUCUGAGAACCCUGGCCGAUGAAGCACCCACCUGUGUGGACAUCCUGAUGAACUUCCUGGUAGCAGCAGUCACCAAGCUGCCCCCUAUCAAGGUGCCCUAUGGGAAGCAGCAUUUUGAGGCCACACCUCCACUGGUGCCUGGGGGUCCGGAGCCACAGCCGACAGCCCGAGACUGCAUCAACCAGAUGGCUGCAGGUUUCGGCUACAUGCCCCUGGUUUCCUCUCGCCUGCGUCUGGACCCAGUGCUUUUCAAGGACCCGGUGUCCGUGCUGCGCAAGAAGUAUCGCAGCCUGGAGAAGCCCUAG